CCCCCUGCCCCGGCCCGGCUCCAUUUAAUGGCGCGGACGCCGCCGGCGGCGGGCUCCUGGCCGGGCUAGCGCAGCGGAAGAGCCGAGCCAGCAUGUCGGGGACCCGAGCCUCCAACGACCGGCCCCCCGGCGCAGGCGGCGUCAAGCGGGGGAGGCUGCAACAGGAGGCGGCGGCGACCGGCUCCCGCGUGACGGUGGUGCUGGGCGCGCAGUGGGGGGACGAGGGCAAAGGCAAGGUGGUGGACCUGCUGGCCACGGACGCCGACAUCAUCAGCCGCUGCCAGGGGGGCAACAACGCCGGCCACACGGUGGUGGUGGAUGGGAAGGAGUACGACUUCCACCUGCUGCCCAGCGGCAUCAUCAACACCAAGGCCGUGUCCUUCAUUGGCAACGGGGUGGUCAUCCACUUGCCAGGCUUGUUUGAGGAAGCAGAGAAGAAUGAAAAGAAAGGCCUGAAGGACUGGGAGAAGAGGCUCAUCAUCUCUGACAGAGCUCACCUUGUGUUUGAUUUUCACCAGGCUGUCGACGGACUUCAGGAAGUGCAACGCCAGGCACAAGAGGGGAAGAAUAUAGGCACCACCAAGAAGGGAAUCGGACCAACCUACUCUUCCAAAGCUGCCCGGACGGGCCUCCGCAUCUGCGACCUCCUGUCAGAUUUUGAUGAGUUUUCCUCCAGAUUCAAGAACCUGGCCCACCAGCACCAGUCGAUGUUCCCCACCCUGGAAAUAGACAUUGAAGGCCAACUCAAAAGACUCAAGGGCUUUGCUGAGCGGAUCAGACCCAUGGUCCGAGAUGGUGUUUACUUUAUGUAUGAGGCACUCCACGGCCCCCCCAAGAAGAUCCUGGUGGAGGGUGCCAACGCCGCCCUCCUCGACAUUGACUUCGGGACCUACCCCUUUGUGACUUCAUCCAACUGCACCGUGGGCGGCGUGUGCACGGGCCUGGGCAUCCCCCCACAGAACAUAGGUGACGUGUAUGGCGUGGUGAAAGCCUAUACCACACGCGUGGGCAUCGGGGCCUUCCCCACCGAACAGAUUAACGAGAUUGGAGACCUGCUGCAGACCCGCGGUCACGAGUGGGGAGUGACCACAGGCAGGAAGAGGCGCUGUGGCUGGCUCGACCUGAUGAUUCUGAGAUAUGCUCACAUGGUCAACGGAUUCACUGCGCUGGCCCUGACGAAGCUGGACAUCCUGGACGUACUGGGUGAGAUUAAAGUCGGCGUCUCAUACAAGCUGAACGGGAAAAGGAUUCCCUAUUUCCCAGCUAACCAGGAGAUGCUUCAGAAGGUCGAAGUCGAAUAUGAAACGCUGCCUGGCUGGAAAGCAGACACCACAGGCGCCAGGAGGUGGGAGGACCUGCCCCCGCAGGCCCAGAACUACAUCCGCUUUGUGGAGAAUCACGUGGGAGUCGCAGGUGGGUGCCCUGCAUCCCCAGCCACCCUCCGUGCACCCUGGAUGCCCCAAGGGGCCCACAUCCCAGCGCAGGGCCUGGUGAGCAAUAAGAAAACCAAGUGUGGUCACCAAGUGAAUAUAUCGCAUGGCAGGAGGGGAGGAGGACUCAGAUCUGGGGCAGUGUGGCUCCGGGCUAGGGUGUGGGUGUGACCUUGCCAGGAGCCCCUGCCUCUCCACAUCCAGAACAACAGAUGGGACACAUCCCAGCCGUAUGAGUGUGUCAUAUGUUUCCUCUCAUAGCCCAGAGGUGUUUGCACCUACAGAGAAAGGGCCUGCAGGGAGAGUCACUAAGUAACUAAUGUUGCCAUUUCCAAGGCAGAAAGGAAGAGACUCCUGUUUUCCGCUGCGGGAGGAUCAGUCCCCCAACAUGCACUACCUUCAUAACUUAAAAAUUACAACUGCCUCCGUUUAGAGAGAAAAUUGCCCCUUUUACCAUUUGAACUACACAGAAAGAUACAACACUAAAGAAAACUUUUUCUGAACUUUCUGCCUCCAGUGUGUAUCGUAACAGUCUUUUCUGCUCUCUCAGUCAAAUGGGUUGGUGUUGGCAAGUCAAGAGAGUCGAUGAUCCAGCUGUUUUAGUCGCAGACUGAGCUGAUCCCAACAGGCCCUGGCAGCGUCUGGACUUGUAUAAACAGCAGCAAUCACGUUCCUCGGCCACCACAACCAACACCAAAGCAGGAAAACCAUUUUCUGUACUUUUAUAUUUCUGUUCAACCUGUUGGUUUCUACAAUGAUUUUAAACAUUGGAAAGCCAGCCUUGUGUAUAUUUUUAAAAAUUAUAUUUAAAAUGAGCCAAAGUGCUCAAAGCAGAGACCUUCUAUGACACCUUAGUGUCACAUGGUUGCGUGUCCAGCCGAAGCAGCGUAAUAAACAUCUCCAAUGGCCGCCGAAUGGGAGCAGUCA